AUGUCGGAAAAGUGGGUACAUGAGUAUUUCAAUCGCAGACCCUCUGAAUGGACUAUUAUAGGGUUUCUUGAAGAAUGUGAUGCAAAUUUAUUUACUGAUAAGAUCGGACAUUACCUUACUUCUCUCAUGAACAUAACUAAAAAUGAUAUUGGAAAUAGUAAAGAGACUGCUGGAACUUCAAUACACCUACAUCACCCAACAUUUAAGGAUAGUUCCCUAGGAAUAGGAAUGGUCAAUGGCGGAACAUUCAAUACUGGCUUGUCACCAAAACAAGACCAAGAGUCAAAAGCAGAAGAAACAGUUAUCUCCUUCAAAAAAGGUCAGUAUAAUGAUGAUGAUAUUGAUGAUCCAUUUAUCAGUGAUAAUGAUUUGGCUGAGAGUUCUGAAUUUUUGAAAGAUAACUCAUCAUCAUCAAGUUCAAUUAAAAUUGCAUGA